UUAUCGUCGUGAGCGGUGGGUCCGUUUUCUAUGGUUAACGCGAAAUUGUCGCAGGUACAGCGGGCUGACGCGGUGCGCCGCGUCCUCGAGGAGGCGUUCCCGCGACUUCGAGGCCGGGCACGAGUCGCGGCCACACGGUCGAGAGCCAAUUCCGGGCCGAGAGCCGUGCGCGUAAACAGUGGCUUGUGGGUAUACACACCCUGACGCGAGAGCGAACCCCGAGUGUUUUGCACGGCCUUUGGAGCGCCGGUGGAUCGGUGCGGUCCCGUCGCGGCGCCGGCCAUCCCGGCCCGUUGGCCGAGUCUCCGGAGUCCGCCGAGGUGCCGCGACCUCCCCGAGCCGAGGAGAAGGCCAAAAUGCCGGUCCACGGGAAACUGUUUUUGUGCACGGGGUGGCGGCGGUGGUGGCGGUCGUGGUGGUGGUAACGACCAGGUAACCGCGGCCGGGCUUUCGAGGGACCGCGCGCCGUUCUCCACGGCGACAGACGUGCGAUUCUCGAGAUCGAGCCCGACCCGCCUCCGCGACACAUGAAUUCGCCUCGAGAGACCCGCCGCUCCGGAGAUGGAAAUCGGUUCGGAGGUGUUUCCCUCGACUCGAUGUCGAUCGACGCUCUAGUCGCUCCCCGGAAGGCAUAGGAAACUUUGACGGCACCUUAUGAAUCUCCUCUGCACGAAGGGGCUCGUAAAGUGCGUCGUGGUUACCAUAUCGGAGCCAGGCAGGCAGGAUAGGUUGCAAGGAACGGCAGAGGCGGGAGAGCGUCGAGCCUUAUGCCGCCAGCUGGGAUAUCGGCGAGAGGCUCCUCCGUCUUGAUGGACCACGGACACCCGGAUGCUCGUCAUCGGAGCGAGCGGUUUUUACUCUACUCGGAGAAUGGCUCCUCACAUUCCCAUACACCCGGUACAACAAAUUCCUCUCCGAGGUAUCAACACGGUGUCAGGCAGAACAGUCAAUCCUCUAGCUACGGAUAUUUGUACGGACGCGCGUCGAGCAACAAUAUGUCUGACAGCAGCGUGUCCGACACUCACAGCGGCGGCACGGCUAGGACGGUGUCGCAGCAAACGAGCCCGUCGCAUGGCACGCAUUCCUCUUCUCAGUCUCGACAGGACAACAGUUCUAUCAUUUUCACGGCUCUGUAUGAUUACAUUGCUCAGGGUGAAGAUGAGUUGUCGCUGGAAAGAGGCGAAACGGUUGAGGUUCUGUCGAAAGAUUCUAAAAUAUCAGGAGACGAAGGGUGGUGGACGGGAAAGAUACGGGGGAAGGUCGGCAUUUUUCCAGCAAAUUUUGUCGCCGAGGCGGAAAGUAUCGACAGGGUGUCAUCGGUGAUCGAUAAGGUGCAGCCAGUAGAAAUAGACUUUGAAGAAUUACAAUUAGAGGAGGUGAUCGGUGUGGGUGGUUUUGGAAAGGUGUAUAGAGGAUUCUGGCAGAAACACGAAGUUGCGGUAAAAGCAGCCAGACAAGACCCUGAUGAGGAGCCUAGUGUCACGUUAGAAAAUGUUCGACAGGAGGCCAAACUCUUCUGGUUGCUUAAACACGAGAACAUCGUGCAAUUGGAGGGAGUAUGCCUCAAGAUGCCGAAUAUGUGUCUUGUAAUGGAAUAUGCUCGCGGCGGAAGUCUCAACAGGGUCUUGAGUGGUAGAAAAAUCAGGCCAGACGUACUUGUCGACUGGGCGAUACAAAUUGCUCGAGGCAUGGAUUAUUUGCAUAAUAAAGCUCCGAUCAGUCUUAUACAUCGAGACUUAAAAAGUUCGAACGUACUGCUGAGCGAGCCGAUAGAGAACGAUGAUCUUCAAUACAAAACGUUGAAGAUAACCGACUUUGGCUUGGCUAGAGAGGUUUACAAGACUACUCGCAUGUCGGCUGCAGGCACGUAUGCAUGGAUGGCUCCCGAAGUUAUAAAGAAAAGUACAUUCAGUAAAGCCAGCGACGUGUGGAGCUACGGUGUACUUCUGUGGGAACUCCUAACCGGUGAAACCCCUUACAAAGGGAUCGAUGCUUUAGCCGUUGCUUAUGGCGUUGCAGUUAACAAGCUUACAUUACCGAUUCCAUCAACGUGUCCACAGCCUUGGAGGUAUCUAAUGGAAGCUUGCUGGUCUUCGGAUAGCCAUUGCAGGCCUGGAUUUGCAGAAAUAUUGGUUGCCCUGGAUGAAGUACGAAGUGCAUUCGCCGCUACUCCACACGAGUCGUUUCAUACAAUGCAGGAGGACUGGAGAUUGGAGAUCGAACAAGUACUCCACGGGUUGCGCAUGAAGGAAAAGGAGUUGCGCUGCAGGGAGGAAGAACUGACGAAGGCGCAGGUGCAACAGCGACAACACGAGGAGAACCUGCGACAGAGGGAACAGGAGUUGGCCGCUCGAGAAAUCGAUUUGCUGGAGCGCGAGCUCACCGUCAUGAUAAUCCAGCAACAGAACACGCCGACUCCUAACAAGAGACGCGGAAAAUUCAAGAAGUCGAGGCUGAAGCUGAACAAGAAGGAGCCGGGGAGCAACAUCAGCGCACCAUCCGAUUUCCGUCAUACGAUAACUGUCCAGCAUACGGCAUUGGACCGGGGGAAGACCAGGAACCCGUCGAGGCCGAACAGCCCGCCAGGCUCCCCGAGUAUACCGAGGCUUCGAGCCAUAGCUCUACCAGCCGACGGAGUUAAGGGUAAGACAUGGGGCCCGUCGACGCUGCACCAGCGCGAACGCGGGGCUAUUAUCACGCAGCCGCCUAACACCACGUCGCCAGGCGGCAAGCGUUGGUCACGCUCCGCCCCGGAUCUCGAAAAGACCCCGCUGCGCACGGCCCUCCUGGCGAGCGCGCACCGCUCGCCGCUUCUCCAGGAAAUAGACUAUUCGGCGCUACCGCCAGAACUGCCGACGGAUUGGAUAACGACGGAUUACCCUCUAAAGCCCGGGCUGACCGGGCCGUACAUUAUGCCGAUGCCGGUACCAAUGCCGACCCUCUAUAACGGGGAGGCGAAAAAACCAAAGUUAAGCAUAAUAGAACUGGUCCUGUACAACAUUGCGGCUAUGCUGGCUGGCGUGGCGACCGGCUACGACGUGAGGAUGUCGAACGUGUCGCCGAUUCAUCCGAGGCUACAACCGAGGCUGAACGACUGCGAGGAUGAGCCCCCCAGGUGGUGGUUCCAGGCCGACACCGGCUCGAAUCGCAAUUCCGCUUAUCUGGGUCCGGAUUACGAGUUCAGCUCGACCAGCGGCUACCCGCACAACACUUAUCAUGGACCGGCACGACACUAUAGGCCGUUCCUGAGCAACAUGGGUGGUAUCGCGCCAGGCCUUCCACCAGCCGUGAUGCCCGAUAAGCCGUUGCGUUUCACGGAUUCCCCUCAGCAUUAUGCCAGCGGUACCGGCUCGAAUGCCCCGACACCCAGUCCUCGAAGGAAAAGCUCCAGCACCAGCAACGAGGAGGCCUACUCGCCCGAGAUGGGCCGAAUCGACAGGCUGGAGAGGGUGCCGACCAUCUACAUGGGCAACACCACCUCCUUUCCCGAUUACGGGCCCCCGAUGUACGCCGUGGUACCACCGGAGUACUAUCGACCUCCCGAGUCCGCGUAUUUCGUUCACACCGACUACCACGACCGGAUGCUGGAAUGUCCGGAGUUUCCGCACGCGUACGACAACCCCAGCAGCAUCAACAGCACGGCGAGGCCGAGCCCGAGGCUGCCCUCGUACACCCACCAUCGCACCUCCUCGAACGUCUCCAACGCGAGCACGUCGAGCCAGAGCAACGUCAACCCGACUUUCCGCCUCGAGGACGAUGCUGACUAUUCGCUUUACUCGCCGAGCCACUAUUACCAGCGCUCGCCGAACGUCUCGAGCAUCGGCCUCUACGGUAGCAAUAUAUUGAACCACGAGUACGGCUCGCAGUACCUGACCCGCCAGAACUCCCACGAGUCUAACCCGAACUCUGGGGAGCGGCCGAACAACCUCGAGGUCGUGACCAGGCUGCGCUCCAGCUUGAAGAGGUCGAACUACUCGUACAGCUCGCCGAACAAGAGCGCCAGCAAGAACAACUCGGGCUCUGGCACCCCGACGAACCCGACUCCCCCGGACUCGCUGACCUCCGAGGACUCGAGCUACGUGUCCGCGAAGGACAGCCAGAUCUCGAUAAGCAGGGUCAGGUUCUCGCCGGUGACCUUCGACCGAGACGGCGUGCCUCGGGACCAUAGGGAGACCUUGCUGGACAUCCCGAUGCAUGGCCAAAGUCAGGACGUCACCGUGCCCCUGCAGGCCAACAGGCGGCUCAGCAGGAACCGGAAGCCCAGCAUCUCGGAGCUGGAGAGGGAGUUCUUGUCAUAGCACUGGCUGAUCUAAGGGACCGGAUGGGACGUUGGUCGCUCUUGGAAUUCGACUUCAAGGCGAGCUAGGAGGCGAGGGGAUGCUGGGGCACGACGAGAUCUGUACCUUACGACGGCCCCUUGGAGCUGGGAGCCUCGGUGGUGACGCUGCACCUGUACUGCGGGGGUGGAACUCCUUGUUGACUGUUCCGAAGACACCCUGGACAGGAACAACGGAUGGGGCACGACAAGAUCUGUACCUUACGACGGACCCUUGGAGCUGGGAGCCUCGAUGGUGACCCUGGAUCUGUACUGCGGGGUUAGAGGUCCUUGUUGACUGUUCCGAAGACACCCUGGACACGAACAACGGGAGCUGGGCAUGUCCUACCUUGAUGGAAGUUCUUACAGCGCACACUCAUGUAAGGGGAUAAGAGGGACCUGAAGGUUUCGCUCUGAGGGCUUUUGAAAGGACCAUCGCGAGAAAAUUAGAGGAUCGAUCCGGUUAUCGAUUGAAAUUAUUCCCAUGCUCUCUGGGUGGCGGGAUAGCUUCGGAUCUUUGGAUAAGGUCUGAUCGCUCCGUUGCGAAUUUUAGGCGUCGAGGUGCACCGUUGAUUUUAGGUCAUCGAGUCGAAUUGUAAGCGGACGGGAACGAGGUGUGGAACAUCUCUGACUUGAGAAGGUUCUAUGAUUGCGGUAUACUGGGUGGUUUAACAUCAUUGUAUCCUUUUCACCGCAGGAUAACCAACUGUGUCGCAUAGAACGUUUCAAGGGAACGUUUCGAUGCUAGUUGUCGUGCUUCGAUCCUACUUCGCCUUAAUCGGUAGUUAGCACUUGAACUCCUUGUGGUUUAGAAGUCGUAGCGAAGAAAAAUUAUACGAAAUUUCUUACGUUUCUAGAGAUUAUACGAAAAUAAGGGAGCGAUGCCGUUGUAUAUGUUAAUGCAAUUCGCUAGUCUUCGCAGUUAAUAUGUCUUAGGAUUUAAAUAUUCUUAACGGGGGCAAGACAAGAGGUGGUCGGUAGAACUUUGCUACGGUCUCCGAACGUGGCGUUUCCUUAAAACGUUCAUUGCAUAUCGCAGGUUCGAAUUUCGCAGAACAAGCAAGACCUCUCCGUCGAGGAACAGUUCCUCAUAUCGCAAGAUAUGCGUCGAGGGUGCCGAAUGCGAUUUCGAGAUCUGGCUCUUAGAUCAAUCUCGUAUCGAACGGGUUAAGUGGAGGAAAGGAGACGAAUUCGCGAGGAUUCGGGCCGUGUAAGAUAUGUGGGAGUCCUUCCACCUCGAAGAGGACACUUAUCGAGCUACUUCUAGGAUCUGGUAUAAAUGACGAGAUAAGCUUCAUUUAUCGGAGCACUCUUUCUUCCGAGAUAAAAAAAUCCCCAUUAAGGCGAUGUGAAAGUGGCGUCAAAGAGGCCUCGUUUAUGAAACU